AUGAGAUCUCAUGGCAGAGAUUAUCGCACUCUCAUCAAAAUCAUCGCUGUAUUGCUGGCCCUAUGGCUGCGCGUGUGUGCGGGGGUCCGGUGCCCACCGUCGACGGCGAUCUACCCGUGCAGUUGCGCCCAAUAUAUCAAUCAGAUCUCGUGCUGGAAUAUCCGGUCGGACGUGAACCUGACCCAAGUGUUUGUCAAUUUGACACAAUCGGUGGGAAAGGGAGUCAAACAAAUCGUGUUCGACGAGUUCAAGCUCAUCGACUCGGACCUGACAUACCUGGGCUCAGACGCCGACACUAUACACGACUUCUUCGACGGGGUCGCCUUCAAUAAGAUACAGAUCACGAAGAAUAGGAAACUUCGACGGAUCCACAGAAAUGUCUUCAAGUCAUCCUAUAAUAUCACGACUUCGGUGACAAUCAGCGAGAAUCCAGUGCUGGCUAACGACCCGCCAAACGAUAGGGAGAUCUUCGAUGUGCUCAACAGUUUUCAGUCGGCGACAGAGAUCUGGCUGACGGACAACAACAUCUCGACCGUUCCCGACCGGGCGUUCCAUAGGCCCCAGAAAUCGCUGGCCUGGCUGUCCCUCAUCGACAAUAACAUCGUGAGUGUCGGCGCCCACGCCUUUCACUCGCUAUCGGCGCUCAACUAUCUGCUACUCGACGGCAAUCGCAUCGACCGGAUCUCCAGCACAGCGCUGGAGCUGUCGUCCGACGGAUCCAAUACACAGUUAUUAAGACUUUUUCUCAGAGAUAACGACCUCAACGACCAGUCCUUCGAGAGCGGCACCUUUGAUGGCAUCCACCGGAAAGUGUUGCUCGACUUGUCCAAGAAUAACAUGACUCACCUGAAGAAGUCGGUGUUCGCGCCGGUAUUCCGUCGGAACGGCAGUGCAGUCAUCCUGAGACACAACCCCCUCAUAUGUGACUGUAAUUUCAAAUGGCUUUACGACAGGAGACUGUUGUAUAACUCGUCUAAUCACGAGAGACCAUACUAUGUGCAUAACAUCCAGUGUAACGGCACCCGACAGGACUCCGUCAAGCACAAUGAGCUCGUGGACAGCCAUUUCCAGCACUGCCCCCGGGAUGACCACCCGGCCGUCCAGUGCUAUGUGGACAGUGAGUCCGACUUUGACUACCAGAUGUGUCUCAAUAGUGCCAAUUCAUUGCAAACUUUUCAUCGUCUCAUCCAUAUGUGUAUCGUUUUCGGCAUCAGCUGUAUAUCCCAU